CACAAGAGCCCGGUACCAUUGAAUUGUGUCGAGGGUAACCAGAAAUUUUGUUCCUAGAAUCUUUUGUAUACAAAGGAAGAUGUUGAAGGUAGCGUUCCUGCUAGCGCUCGGCACGCUAUGCGUUGCCCAAAGCGCGAAAUACACCGGAAGCCGCACCGCGGACAUGGACUUCCUACACAAGCAGAAGAAGGUCUACGAUCUGCUGCUGUACGUUAAACAGAACGACCUGAUCGACGCGGAAUGGUACGACAUCGGCAGGAACUACAACCUGGAGAGCAACAUGGACAUGUACAAAGACAAGAAUGUCGUCCAAAAGUUCCUCUGGUGGUACAAACAAGGAAUGUUCCUUGCCCGCAACGCUAUCUUCACCCCGUACAACGAGGAGCAACGGUACGAGAUGAGGAUGCUGUUCGAUCUGUUCUAUAGCGCCAAGGACUUCCAGACCUUCUAUAAGACUGCUUGUUUUGCCCGUCUGAAUAUGCAAGAUGGCAUGUUCACCACGGCCUUCACUGCUGCAGUAUUCGCCAGAAACGACUGCAAAUACAUUAGACUGCCUGCAAUAUAUGAAAUCUACCCCAACCUCUUCUUCGACUCGACCGUUAUUGAAGAGGCUCAGAACAUUAAGAUGUCUCGUGGUUCCUCAAGCACCACAAACGUAGGCAACAUAGAAACUUACAUGAUUGCCGCAAACUACUCCAGCAGAUACCUGCCAAUGUUUGAGGACCGUGAAUACAAAAUGGACUACUUCAUGGAAGACGUCAGCUUGAACGCCUACUACUAUUAUUUCCGCUCGAUGUUCCCCUUCUGGAUGAACAGCAACAAAUACAACAUCCCCAAAGAAGUACGCGGAGAGCUCUACUACUUCAUCCACAAGCAACUCCUUGCCAGGUACAACCUCGAACGCUUGUCCAACGACCUUGGCAAAGUAGAAGACUUCGACUGGUUCAAACCCAUCUUCCCUGGUUACUACUCGACCCUGAUGUACCGCAACGGAAUCGCCAUCCCUCAGAGAAACAGAUACUCCUCCGUGCCCUACUACAAAUACAAGUAUCUUAAGGACAUCACCGCGUUGGAGAUGCGCAUAAUGGACGCCAUCGACUCUGGCUACCUCGUCGACGAACAAGGAAAGAACAUAGACAUCUACACCCCAGAGGGUCUGUACAUGUUGGCCAACGUGAUCGAAGGAAACGUAGACUCCUGCAACAGACGGUUCUACGGAAUGUACGACGCCCUCGCUCGCGACAUCCUCGGCUUCAGCUUCGAGCAACCCAACAAGAACAAGGUCAUCCCCAGUGCUCUGCAAUGCGACUGCACCAGCAUGAGAGACCCGGCCUUCUACAUGCUCUACAGAAGAAUCAUGUCCUUCUUCUUCAGAUACAAGAAGAACCUGCCCCAAUAUUCUCAGAGCGACCUCCAAAUGCCCGGAGUGAAAUUCGAGUCCGUCAACGUUGACAAACUGUACACCUUCUUCGACAACUGCGACACCCUCAUCAACAACGCUGUAGCUGCAGACAAUUUCAAGAACGGAAUGUCUCUGCGUAUCAAGACGCGUCGUCCUUGCCUGAACUACCAGCCAUUCACCUACAAGUUCAACAUCAACUCCGACCGCGAGAUGAAGGCUGUUCUCACCAUCUUCCUUGGACCCGCUUUCAAGGACGUGAAGGAAGACAUGGUCUACCUGCAACAAUUCUACAACUACUUCGUGGAGAUGGACAAAUUCGUCGUGACACUGCGCCCUGGCAGCAACUCCAUCGAACGCCACAGUUCCGAGUCUCCCUUCACCACUUCCGACAUGAUGCCGGGUGACGCGUUCUACGACAAACUGACCAGAGCCAUCAGCGGCGGAGAACCCUUCAUGUACUCCGAGAAAUUCUUCGACUUUUCUGAACGUCUUACCUUACCAAGGGGUAAACGCGCCGGUAUGAUGUACAAGAUGUUCUUCUUCCUGAGUCCACUCGAGGAGGGUAGCAUGAAGACAUACGAGUUCCCGAUGUUCGGUAAAUUCAUGUUCCAAGACAAACCCCUAGGAUUCCCUCUGGACAGACCUAUGUGGGCCUGGAACUUCACCAUCCCCAACAUGUACUUCAAGGACGUGUACAUAUACAACCGUCAGAACGAGAAAGGCAUGAUGAACUACUACUGUUCAAUGGUCGGCAUUAUGAAGUCUGUUUUCUGCAUUUUGGCAGCCUGUUGCCUGCUCGCCCAGGCGGUGCACCGUCAAACCCAUACGGCUGACAAAAGCUUCUUAACUAAACAAAAGAACAUCUACGAAUUGUUCUGGCAUGUUGAUCAGCCGACCGUAUACCAUCCGGAACUCUACCAGAAGGCUAGGACCUUCAGCAUCGUCGAGAACCUUGAGAACUAUGGCGACCAGGAAGCCGUGAACGAGUUUCUGGAGCUCCUGAAGCAUGGAAUGCUCCCACGUGGUCAUGUGUUCACCCUGAACAACCCACAAUUAUAUCAUCAGACCGUGGUCCUGUUCCGAGUCCUCUACAGCGCUAAGACUUUUGAUGUGUUCUACAACACCGCUGUGUGGGCCAGAUUCCAUGUGAACGAAUACAUGUACACUUACGUGUUGAGCGUGGCUGUUCUUCAGCGACCUGACACCAGGUACAUCAAGCUGCCGCCCUUGUACGAAGUGCUCCCACACUUCUUCUUCAACGAGGAUGUCAUGCAGAAGGCGUACAACAUUGCCAUGGGUGACGUUGUUGGUGUGAAGAAAUCCGUGACCGGCGGAGAAUACUACAUGGUCCCAGCUAACUACACAGGAUGGUACAUGACCAGACAAAACACACCGGAGCAGAAAAUGACUUACUUCACCGAAGAUGUCGGCCUAAACUACUUCUACUUCCUCAUCAGUCAUCAGGAUCCUCCUUUCAUGAACUCCACACCGUCCACCGUUCAAUCGCAAGUGCGUGGUGAACACUACUUCUACGUCCACAAACAACUGUUGAACAGAUACUACCUUGAAAGACUUUCUAACGAUCUGGGUGAAAUUACUCCAGUGAGCGUGGACAAACCCGUAACCCCCGGAUUCUACCCCACAAUGAGCCAUCGUAACGGACUUCCAUUCCCUCAGCGUGAACACGGUGCCGUCAUCCCGGUCACCAUGCACCAACAUGUCCAGAGGAUAAAGGACCUCCACGCCAGAAUCUCGACAGCCAUCGACCUGGGCUUCGUAGUCGACUCCACAGGCAAACACAUUAACAUUUACACACAGAACGGCUUGAACUUGUUGGGUAACGUAGUCCAAGGUAACUCGGACAGCGUCAACAAACAAUUCUACGGAUACAUAGACGCCCUCGCAAGGAAAGUGUUCGGAUUCGGUUUGGACACGAACGUGAAAUACCACACGGUGCCAUCUGCUCUGGAAAUUUUCUGCACCAGCAUGAGGGACCCUGUCUUCUACGGUAUCUACAAGAACAUUCUGUCUUACUACCACAGAUACAAGCAAAACUUACCAAAAUACAUGCAAGAAGAAUUAUCCUUCCCAGGCGUCAAAGUUGAAUCCGUAAAUGUCGACAAACUCACCACCUACUUCGACUACUUCGAAUCUAUGCUGAGCAACGGAGUGUCGGUCCGUAGCCACAAAGAAGCUAGGAACACCAUGAUCAAGGCUCGUCAAUACCGUCUGAACCAUAAGCCAUUCACUUAUCACAUCACCGUCAACAGCGACAAGGUUACCAAGGGUAUGGUCCGCGUCUUCUUGGGACCGAAAUUCGAUGUCUAUGGACAUGAAGUUGAUCUCGAACACAACUACAUGAACUUCUUACAAUUGGACGAAUGGAUCGUUGAUCUGAAAACCGGAACCAACACUAUCGAAAGAAGCAGCCACGAAUCCGUCUUCGUGGUACCCGACGAAGUCCCCAGCGACGUAUUCUACAAGAGACUGGAAACCAGCAUCGACACCCCAGAAACGUUCACAUACUCCACCCAACCGUUCGGAUUCCCCGACAGACUUAUCCUGCCCAAGGGUAAAAAGGGAGGCAUGACCUUCAAGCUGUUCGUCAUUGUUUCGCCAGUAGAGGAAUCGAAAGUGAUGACUGUCGAGUCUCCGAUCUGGGGUCAAUUGAUGACUGAUCAACGCGCUAUGGGCUUCCCGAUGGACAGGCCCGUCGAUCCUCUCCACUUCGUCCUACCUAACAUGCAAUUCAAGGACGUCGUCGUUUAUCACAAAGAGAUGGAGGAAUUGAACGUUGUUGUUUAAGCUUUAUAUUUUGUAUUAGUGAGGGAAUGCUUCCUGAUGUAGAAAGAGACGUGAAAGAGAAAUAAAGUUUGUCAAAGUUA